AUGACAUUCUUCUGUAGAAUAAACCAAUCCAAGCUCAAGUCCCUUUCGGAUCAAUUCAAGAGACAUUACUUUCAAAUCUCUUAUGCUGCGUCGCUCGAUUCCGGUCGUAUAACAAAACAAGUUCUUGGGUGUGUAGAGCGGACAAUUCCCCGUAGACCAGCUUAUUGUGGCGAUAAUGUUAGGUUCUUUGCUGCUCCAGUUCAGUUUCAAGGUAAGGCGAAGAAAGAAGAGAAGGACACAAGUGGGCCACGACUUAAUGAUAAAAUCAAGGCCGACUUUGUGAGGCUUGUAUCUGAUGAUGGACAUACGGUUCUUAAGUUACAUGAAGCUCUUGCACGUGCUCGUGAGCUCAAUCUUGAUUUGGUUGAGGUCCAAACAAAAGCCAACCCACCUGUCUGUAAAAUUAUGGAUUUCCACAGAGAGAAAUAUAAACAGCAAAUAAGGGAAAAGGACCGUGUUAAAAGCAAGGCUGAACUGAGUUUAAAAAAGGGAGAUCACAAAGAAGUCCGCUUCACUGGGAAAACUGAGGAGAAGGACCUAAGGAUGAAAGCUGAUAUGGUAAAGCGAUUGAUGGAACGUGGUUACCGUGUGAAGUGUAGUGCCAGGGGCGGUGAGGAUCAGGACUUGGGUGGCUUGCUAUCUCAUCUUUCUGCUUUGAUAGAGGAUGUAGCAGUGGUGGAAAGUGGACCAAGGGUGGAAAGAGGGCAGGCAUAUGUUAUAGUCAGGCAUGUUAAAUUUGGCCCCUCAAAGAAAGGGGGUGGCGGCAAAGCAUCGAAUGUUGUUGCAAAUGCGAAGCAGAAGGCUCAAAAUGACACCACCUCUCCGACUUCACCAGCCCGUUCUUCAAGCCCAAGGGAAGAAGCAAUGGACCCUGAAGUUGAUUUUGAGAGUUCUAAAGAAACUACCUGGUCCGUUGUUGAUGGUAAUAAUGAUUUUGACGAAGUGUUUGACUUGAAAGAUGAUGCUAAUGGGACUCCCUCAAAAACUGCUGCCAAGAAAAUGAAUGUCUCGGACCUUUCUCAACCAAGGGGGUUGCCUGAUUCUGGCCGAACCAGCUCUGUUCCACUCUCUCGACAAGAUCCUUCCAUCAAAGCCGAUAAUAGAUACAAAAAGAUCGAACCUGCAAACCGUUUUUUCCAACCACCAAAUGUAAUGGACAGCAAGGGUCGAGGUGCUAAAGAUUCGCUCCAAUCAGAACCCCAGAUUCGUGAUCAAAGGAGGCACACUCCGAACACAAACUUCUCGCCCUUGACGAGAGAAACCCGACGAUAUGAGGACAAUGCUUCUGCAUCAAGAAACAUUAAGCCUGGUCCGCCACACAACACUGCUCCCAGUUCAUCCAAAACUAGCUUUGGGAUCUUCAGUUCUCUGAAUGACAACGCUCCAGGAAAGCAAGAUGCACCGGCCACAAGUUAUCGAGGCAACCAAGGGCCUCCAUACACGCCAUCGACUAAGUCCUGAGGGCAAGGGACAGAAAAGCUGGGGAGUUUUCAGUAAGUAGAGUCCAAAUGAUUCCCCAAACAGGACAUCAAAGCCUGAUUAAGGUGAAGGUAGACAUGCUUACAGUGAUUGUUUGAGAUAUUAUUAGAUGGUAGGAUGAAUUUUGGUGAUGAUAUUUAUGCAGACAUAAUAAGACAGAACAAAGAUUUUUGUUUCAGACAAGAACUGCUGCUGUGCAUGCCCUAUUUUAAAGAGGCAACACAAUUCUUUCAAAUGUAUCAGUAAUGAGUGAUGAGAAUGAGCAUUAUUAA